UAGAAUCGAAGAGGAAACAAUAAAACAAGAUGUCGGAUACUGACAUUGAGUUAGUUUUAUUUGUAAUUAUUACUUUGAUCAUUGACGAGUUCCUGUGGCGAUUUCUUUGGUUGUGUCUGAAAAUUGUGAAAUGCAAAUUGCUGAGAGCGAUACAUUUCGUGACUGGAAAACUACGGCAGAACAAGACAAAAUUAGGAAUACUUCUACAAAGUUAUAGCACAGCAAUCGGUUUCCUCGUAGGCAAACGCUUCAGUAAAACUGUUAGUGACAUAGACGAAGAUGAUAAAAUGAAAAAUGAAUGUGUUAGGUUUAAAACCUAUAAAGGAGUUCCAGAUGAUUCACCGAUGUCGACAGAUAACGGAAUUCCAGCAGUAAAGGUAAAGAAUGGUCGAUAUUCGUCAACGGGUUCCUCUGCGACAAAUAAUGAAAAAACUGAGCACAGAACUCACAGAAAUAUGAGUGCUCAAACGGUUACAGAUAAAGAACGCGGUGCAUCUAAUAAAAGUACAAUGGAUGCACAAACAUCUUAUGGUAGAAGGACGAAUAAAGAAAAUUGUUUUGCACAAUCAAACGAUCCAAAAACAAGUAAACGGAACGUAAAUCACACUGACAACAAGCCAAAUAUGACUAAGGUCAAUCAAAAAGUCACGUGUAGAAAAGCUGGAUUUGAAAGUGCAGCAGAAGACAUGCUUCCGAAAGCCAAAGAAAAAUAUAUAACUAUUGAAGCACGACUGAAUUCGUUUGCCAAAUGGCCUAAAAGAAAGACAAUAGAUCCAGGACAAUUGGCUAGUGCUGGACUGUAUUAUACAGGUUACAGGGACAUUGUUGCCUGCUUUGCUUGUAAUGUUCAGUUACGUGACUGGGAACAGGAAGACGAUCCCUACAUAGUGCAUGCUCGGUGGUUCCCGCAUUGUCCGAAUCUACUACAUAAAAAAGGAUCUGUGUUCAUAGAGAGAAACCAGAUCGUUCGCCCCAAAAUCGCACAAGUGAAAACAAUGAAUAGAGGGGUAUACACUUCGAGCACUCUAGAACACAGACAGUCUUUGGUGGGCCAUAAAAACAAUGGAACAGGACGUGGAGCAAUCCAACAGAAUGGAACCAAUGAGUGCAGUGAAAGAGUACUUUGUAAGCUCUGCAAGAUUGCCAAACGUAACAUGUUGUUUGUUCCUUGUGGACAUGUGGUUGUAUGUGAAACUUGUGCUUCCAUUUUACCUUCAUGUUUGGUAUGCAACGCGGAGAUCUCUUACACCAUAAAAACCUACAUACAUUAAUUAAGGAAGGGAAACAAAAUACCUUAAACUCUGUAAAUAUAU